AGACAAGGUAUCAAGGAGAGGAGAGAAGGUACAGUGACUAAUUGGAAAUCUAGAGAGAGAGAGAGAGAGAGAGAGAUUCAGAUUGAAUGGAGGAGGAAAAGAGCAACGACAAGAGCGGCGAAGAAGAAAUUCUAGGUUCGAGUUUGACUAUGGAAAAAGUGGCAGCAGCGAAAAAGUACAUCGAGAAUCACUACAAAAAUCAGAUGAAAAGCAUACAGGAGCGGAAAGAGAGGAGGUGGGUACUCGAAAGGAAGUUGGCCUCUUCAGAUGUGCCCAAAGACGAACAGAUAAAUUUGAUCAAAGAUUUGGAAAGGAAAGAAACGGAGUUCAUGAGACUGAGAAGGAACAAGAUAUGUGUAGAUGAUUUUGAGCUUCUUACUAUUAUUGGACGUGGAGCCUUUGGUGAGGUCCGACUAUGCCGGGAGAAAAAAUCUGGAAAUAUUUAUGCCAUGAAGAAGUUGAAGAAAUCUGAAAUGGUCUCAAGAGGACAGGUGGAGCAUGUAAGAGCAGAAAGGAACCUAUUGGCAGAAGUGGGAAGCCAUUGUAUAGUUAAACUGUACUACUCUUUUCAAGAUCCCGAGUAUUUAUAUCUUAUCAUGGAAUAUCUCCCUGGAGGUGACAUGAUGACUCUGUUGAUGAGAGAAGACACAUUGUCUGAAAAUGUGGCUAAAUUUUACAUUGCUCAGAGUGUGCUGGCUAUUGAAUCUAUUCACAAGCAUAAUUAUAUUCACAGGGAUAUUAAACCAGACAAUCUUCUUCUUGAUAAGAACGGUCACAUGAAGCUCUCAGAUUUUGGUCUAUGCAAGCCACUUGACUGUAGGACUUUAUCCACGGUGAAUGAAAACGAAGAAUUGGAUGAUGAAAACAUAAGGGAACCAAUGGACAUUGACGGCCGUUUUCCUGAUGCUGCCAAUGCUAGUAGUUGGAGAAGUCCCCGUGAACAACUUCAGCACUGGCAGAUGAACAGGAGAAAGUUGGCAUUUUCUACUGUUGGUACACCUGAUUAUAUUGCUCCGGAGGUGCUGUUGAAGAAAGGAUAUAGCAUGGAGUGUGACUGGUGGUCACUGGGUGCAAUCAUGUAUGAGAUGCUUGUUGGCUAUCCUCCAUUUUAUGCGGAUGAUCCUAUGACCACUUGUAGGAAGAUUGUUCAUUGGAAAAAUCACCUGAGAUUUCCCGAAGAUACCAAAAUCAGCGCUGAGGCAAAAGAUCUGAUAUGUAGGUUACUCUGUGAUGUAGAGCAUAGACUUGGAACAGGAGGUGCAGCACAGAUAAAGGCCCACCCUUGGUUCGUCGGUGUUGACUGGGAUAAAUUAUAUGAUAUGGAAGCAGCAUUUAAACCGGAGGUCAAUGGGGAGCUGGACACCCGGAAUUUCAUGAAGUUUGAUGAACUGGAUCCUCCAACAUCAUCAAAGGCUGGCUCAGGACCCUCAAGAAAGAUGCACCUUACUCCAGAAGAUUUGAGUUUCGUGGGCUAUACUUACAAGAACUUCGAUGCUAUCAAGGAGGCGCUGCGUAAUAAAUCAGGCACUGCAGAAGACACGAGGAGUACGUCCCCGACAUCAGUUGAUUCAAGAUAUGGUGAAUUCAAGGAGAUGACAGAGGGAAGAGAUGUGCGGAUGAACUCAUCAAUGGAUGACGUAAUGUCUCCAUAGUUGCCUACAUAUACAAGAAUGGAGACAUUGCGAGGCCUGUAUAUUUGUAGGUUCGUCAUCAUUAUCAGUAUUUGUAGGUUUGUCGUUGCAGUUCGGCUACCUAAUGCUCUGCGGUGUGGUUGUACAGUAUUGUUGGGAACCUCAAACCUGUAGGGAUGCUUGUAAUAGAAAAUUUAGGACUUGGUCGGCUGGCUGCCCAGGUUGGUAGGGGGACCUGCUUCCUCUUGUGGCAGCUUCUGGUUUUAGACGACGAUUUAUUGCAUCUCUAUUUAUUCGGACUUUAUCAAUCAUGUUUUCGCAGUGGAUAAUAAACUCAAGGUUUCUUUUCCUUA